AUGGAGAAAGAAAGCUACUAUCGUGAAAAAACUUCACGGAUGCUUUCCAAGAUGUACGACUAUACCAACAGUAUAGCAGAAAAGCAUCCAGGACAAAAUCGAGGUGUUGCUGCCACCACAGCCGCUGCUAUGCUCGAAGUCGGAUUGGAGCGAUUAAAGGAUGGUAAAGUUCCUGAGAACAGCACCGAAGGAGUGCCUUAUACGGAAGAAGAGCUCGAUAAUCUCAAGGAAUUGGCAUCUUCUGCGUCGGAAGACUCGAAAGGAAAGAGAGGUCUGGGCCAUUUUGUGGACAAGUUGAUGGAACGAUUACUCAAGAAUAAUAUUGCCAUGGACACCCCAGACAGUGAACUUUUGCUGCAACGAGUGAAUGAUCCUGAUCGAAAGAACCGUCCCGGCUUGUCAAUACUGGUAAUUGCUGGCAAUUUCAAAGCACUUAGUGGCCGGAUGACAGGGUUCUUUACCGUCCAAUAUGGAUUGAUCCAUAUAAUCACUUGGAGACACCCUUCCAAAACACUCACGUUUCUUGUAUUCUACACGGCUACAUGCUUAUGGCCUCAUCUCGUCCUUGCUUAUCCUCUUCUAUUCUUGUUGUUUGGUAUCAUGAUUCCGGGCUACAUUCAUCGUCACCCUAUGCAAACUCCAGAGUUGAUCAAGGUAAGAAAACGGGGUCAGUCUCUUCUCGAGUUUCUUUCUUCCUCGGACGAGACCAGUAUCGUUGACGAUAUAGUUGAAGACCGCACUCUUCGAAGCGCAGAAAACGAUCUUGAUCCAGUCAGCUCAAGGUCGUCUGACACCUCUUCAGCAUUUACCCAGGCACCAAUAUCUGCGUCCGCUCUCUCGACUUCUUCGAGCGAUGUCAACGAAAAGGUGAAAAAAGAUGAGAAGGCUCGGUACGUCAAGUCUCAGAUGAAGCUUUUGAUGAAUAUGAGAGACUUGCAAAAUCUCACCACAGAUUUACUCCAAGGUUUUGAUGCUGCCGAAGUAUUUUGGUACCAAACGGCAGGAUUCAAGGACGAGAGGUUGUCGACAUUCAUGUUCUAUGGAGUUAUUUUGGCCACUUCAAUUAUAUUGUUCUUAGGAACGUUUAUUCCUUGGAGACUCAUCUUCAUCCAGUCGGGCUGGGCAAUUGUGCUAGUUUGUCACCCACGAAGUAAAAAGUAUUUGAAGGCUUUGAGCGAGAACAAGAAGAGAAAAGCAGCAGCUAAACCGAAAAAAGUGAAAGAAGAGAAAGAUGAAGAUGGGCCCGCAGUAUAUGACAGGAAUGAUAUCAUCAUAGACGAUGCUCCUGAAGUGAGAAUCUGUGAAAUUUUCGAGCUACAAGUGAAGAGUUUGACAAAGAAUGAAUGGUCCUUUUAUUGUUUCACCAGCAGCGCUUUCGACGUCAAGAAUUCCACUAGAAGUGCUGGCAAGAAGCCUCAAGGCGUAAACCACUUAUACAAAAUACUUCCUCCUCCAGACUGGAAAUUUGAUAUGAGUUAUGCUGAUAACUGGCAUGUUGACAAAGAACCUCAAAACUUCUUAAAAGAAAGGUCGUGGGAUAAAUUGAAUAUGUUUGUGAUCAAAGAGGAUGAAGAUGAAGGGUGGAUGUACGACAACGAAGAUAUGAUUGAAAACAAGGAUGAGCAAUUCGAUUUCAGAAGACGAAGACUUACCAGAGAGUGUUUCCGAUACUCUCGCCCACCCAGGCAACCAAAACAUGACUAG